UCGCUCAGUGCCAGUGAAGACCAGUCGUCCGGUUGUCAGUUGCCGUAUCCGACCAAACAGCCGACCAGGGAAGUCGUACUACUCGCGUGUGUAUCGCAACGUUCACAAAAACAACAAAACCUAAUCGAAAAUAUAUAAAACACGAUUAAACAUCCAUAGUAGAAUACAGAAAUAGUUCGAGUGUGCGCAGUUGUGAGAGUUUCCUACAAAGGUUUUCGGCGUUUGUAACAAAAAAGUUUGUUACAAAACUUGUGACAAAUUUGCUGGAAAAAGUUUUAGGCAUUUGUUACAAGAGAGUUUGUUAAAAAUUUGCUAGAAAAAAUUUCUAGGCGUUAGCUACAAGAGUUUGUGACAAAUUUUCUGGGAAAAGUUUAGGCAUUUGUUACAAAUUUGCUGAAAGAAGUUGUAGGCGUUUGUUAAAAUUGGUACACACCUGCUGGAAACAGUUUAGCGGCAUUCGACUUGCAUUUCUGUGAAAACACUCUAAGAUUGUGUGGAAAAUAAACUCAGUGCUGUAGUUUGUUAUUAGAAUAGUAGCUACAUUCUACAGGAGUUUAAAACCUAGAUAGAAUUGAAUACUAGGCCUAUCUACAAGAGGUUGUAGAACACUAUCUUUAUUCUACGAAAAUAGUUGUUGUUGAAAAUAGGAUAUUAUAAUAUCUUCAAGAAACAGUAGAAUACCAUCCACUGCUCACACGAAGUUGUAGAAUAUCACAUACAAAAAGUUGAUAAUACUUUCUACAAUCUUGAAGAAUAUUAUCUAGAACCAUCUAAUUUUAUCAGUUUUUUCUAUAUUCAAAACAGGACUAGUAGAGGGGAGAAAAUUCUGCAAUAUCAGAACAAGUUUCCUACAACACUUUACGCUACAGUUUGCAGGAAAGUUUGGGAGUAUUUGAGAAAAAAAUUCAAAUGAAAAUGGGAAUACCAAUGUGACCCUCCAACAAGCAUCAAUGUGAAACCACACAUUUGAAGUUAACUGUAGCAAUAACAAGAACUGAUUCUAGAAGUAAAUAAUCUAAAAGUUGUGUGGGAUUAAUCACGAGCAGCCAAACUUUAAAGUUUGAAGUGAUUGGUAAUUCAUUAACUUUGAAAGUUUAAAGUGAUUGGUUUAGAACUUCUCUACAAUAACCGACUAGUGCUAUAAUUAGGAAUAUUCGGGUAAAGUGAUUGGUGAUAAGUUUUCAAGUUUUUCAAUUUCUGUUCUCUGACUUUGUGAUCGGAUAUGACUGACAAGGAUGAGCCGCCGCCCUCGCCAAUUGAGUUGGAUUGCAGUUUGAAAUCACUUCUCGACCAGCAAACUCUAGGACUUCUGCCGCUGUUAGGUGAACGGAUCGUUUUUGUACAGGAUACUGAUGGAAAAUCAUGUGGUAAAGAAAUAGUUCCGGUAGAAAAGAAAGAUGAAAACGAGCUAUGGAGUAACGUGGAGGCGCAGGCCGCAUUCCUUGGACCAAACCUAUGGGAAAAGACACUACCUUACGAUGCCGACCUCAAGUACGUGGACCUGGACGAGUUCCUGUCAGAGAACGGCAUUCCGGUGGAAAACGGGGGCGGAGGCGGCGUGAUGACCGCCGGCCCCCAAGGCGGCGCCCCCCAGCCAGGAGGCCUCAAGCCAACCCAGUUGCCAGGGACGGACCACUCAGGGGGCCGCAUAUCCCCCAGCGGCAGCAAUUCACAGCAAUCGCUCAUGCUGCAGACAAAGAGGGAGCGAUCCCCCUCCCCCAGCGAGCCCAUGUCACCGCUCAACAUCAGCCCCCCUUCGCCCGCCGAUUCCAGUCAGUUUUCCACCACUACCACUAGUUCUGUAGAUCUAACAACACUCUCGUUCGCCUCGUCGAGUAGAGACUUCGAUCCCCGCACGAGGGCAUUCUCAGACGAGGAGCUCAAGCCACAGCCGAUGGUCAAGAAGUCCCGGAAGCAGGUGAGGACUGCCACUUUUGUUCCAGAUGGUUUGAAGGAUGAAAAGUACUGGGCGCGUCGCAGAAAGAACAACAUGGCGGCCAAAAGAUCACGUGACGCGCGCCGAUUAAAAGAAAACCAGAUAGCAUUACGCGCCGGGUUCCUUGAGAAAGAGAACCUCGGCCUACGACAGGAAAUGGAGCGACUGAAGAAAGAGAACCUUGCACUUCGAGAUCGACUGUCGGAGUUCACAGACAUUUGAGGCUCAGCCCCGCACUCAUUUGCAGAGAGAAUGAACUUUUCUUGUGCCUCGAUGGGUGGAACAUACAACUAAGCAAACUGCAUGCAGUGCAGAGAUCGCUGCAAACUGCAAACAUCGUUGCAGUUCAAAGAAUCUCAAAUCACCUCGUUGUGAUAAGUUGUACUUUUACCACACUGAAAAGCUGCUACCCAAAAAUGCAAGGGGACAGUUGGUGAGCAAAGCAGAGAAAAACUAUUUACUGAUCAUUGAAACCCCAAAUGUCGUUGUUAAAUUCUCUAUAAGUAUAUGGUACCUAUAAGUGAAAUAUUGUUAUAAAGUUGCUCUGUAUCUGAGAAUAAAUAUUUAUCAACAAUAAUUAUUGUAAAAUGCUUAUAAAUCUACAAAAAAAUAUCAUAUUUAUUGUGAAAUUGGAUAAGCGAGCAUACUCACAAGAAACAUGACAACUCAUAUAUUUUUCAUAUUAUUAUUUCAGUUUUAAACAUCAACAUGUUCAUCAUAAUUUAAGAUAUUUCGUUUCUAUCGAAAUAAUAUAUAUUUAUUAUUUGUUGGUUUGUGGUAAGAACUUCAAUAUAUUGUACAAAAGGUCAAACCAAAGUAAAAAUAGAACAUUGCUAUCUUUGGUAUAUAAAUAUCUAGAUGGAAGAUAUUGCACCAACUAAAAGCUAAUAGUUAAACAAUAAAUAAUUAAUCAAGAAUACAGUAAGUGAAAUGAAAUGAAUCUUCAGAGUACUUAAUAGCACUAAUUUGGACUUUUUUCAAUUAUUUAUUGACACAAAUAUUUGUAAUAUAUUGUUAUUAAUCCCAUAUAUUUCAUAGCGUUUGAAUAACCGUCCAAAUUAGAACAAGAUUGUCAACUACAUCUGUCUCACAGAAAUGUGUAAUAGAGCAUUUCUGUAAUUUAAAAAAUAUUAUAUUAAUCUAUGAAAUUAAACUUGUUCUAGCAGUUUUAACGUUUAAGAUUUACGAAUAAUUUGUGGGAAUUUAAAUAGUUAUAAAUUUGUUGAGUAUGUUUUUGUUGUUAGAUAAAAUAGUUCAUUUUAUUUAGUUUUAGUUCAUUUUUAUCUUUAAAUGGAAAUAAUUUUAUAAAUUGAAAAUAUUCUUAUUGACCUGUCCAAUAUAAUAAAUGUAUGUAGCCCUUCUCCUUUGCCCACUCAGUAUUCGUGCUUCUAUGUGAGUUAAAUUAAAUUAUGCUCCUCUAAGCAAAACAAACCUAGAAUUUGUAGCGUUCAAUCACAUUUAAACAAUCAUGAAAAACCGGAAUACAACACAGAGUAAAAAAAUUAUCAGAUCAAUUAUUUUUUAAAUAUAUGAUAACUCACUUUAUGUUGCUGUUACAAUUGAUUUUAAAUCUCUCAUAUUAUAGAGAUUUGCAUGAAUUAUGCAACUUGAAUUGAACAAAUUAUCUUCUAUAUGUACCGUAUUUCAAAUAUCAUAACAGUAACUCAUUUUAUGUUAUUAUAAAAAAUGUAUUCAAAAAGUCUCGUGUAUCAACAUUAUUUGUGUAAAUUAUCCAAUGAAACAAUUUAUCAGUUACUUUCUUUAUAGAAGUAUGGUUAGUUGCUUCAUGUUCUUUUCAGAAAAUAGAUUUAAGAAAUCUUGUAUAUUCACAAAAUUUGUAUGUAUCAUUUGAUGGAACAACAAAGACAAAUUAUCUUUCCUAUUUUUGAAGAAGAUAUGGUAACUCACUUGAAUGUUUGAAAAUAUGUUUGGCAUGUUCCGUAUAUGCACGAUAUUUAUGUAGCCUAAAUUAUACAG